UGACAAGAGUAAUUCAAGCCUUCAAAUAUUUUCCUUUUUAGCUUUGAUUAGAGUGGCCUAGUUGUUGUUUUUCUCAAUGAGAAGGGCUUCCACUAUGCAUUGCGCACUUUGGCGCUUCUGUGUUCCCUUGUUGCUACUUGCUAGCUUCAGUUAUGCUCCUUUUGUUUUGGCCACUGAAAUUUCAGGGAAUGAAGUGAACACUGACGGAAAGGUUUUAAAUGAAGAGUUAGCAAAACCUAAUCUACAAGGACAUGAUGAAGAAGCAAAGUUUAAAGGAUUUAUUCCAAAGCCAAUUCCCAUAGUGAAGCCUAUUCCAAAACCAUUUCCCAUCAUUAAGCCUAUUCCAAAGAUAAUUCCUAUCGCUAAACCUAUUCCUAUUCCGAUUUAUAAGCCUAUAUCAAAAUCAAUUCCCAUUAUUAAGCCUGUUCCAAAAAUAAUUCCCAUUAUUAAACCAAUUCCAAUUAUUAAACCUGUACCAAAACCAAUUCCCAUUGUUAAGCCUGUCCCAAAACCAUUUAUAGUGAAAAAGCCUAUCCCUGUUGAGUCGGAGGAAUUUCUAAAACCUAAGCCUUUCUUCAAAAAGCCUUUUCCUAAACUACCACUUCACCCUAAAUUCAAGAAACCAAUUCUACCACCAUUGCCAAUUCACAAGCCAAUUCCAACUCCAUAAGAGGAUAUAUAAUACUCUAUAUCUCGAACUAUAAAGUUAUCCGUUCCAUUUCUAAUGCCGUUAUAAGUAAAGCUACAUCGUAUCUCAAUUAAAUUUCAUACUCCUCUCGUGUACUGCAUGUAAUGGAAAAUAAGUAGUUGAUGCUCUCUGUUCAAUGAAGUUCUCGGUGUUAUCAUUUGUAGAUCGAUUAUAUUAAUGCAAGAGAUUGUAUCUGCAGUUAUUCCUUAUUAUUUAAAUAAUGUUUUUAAAUA